AGCUGUCAGUAGACGUUCGGGAUGGUGUCAUGAAAUCCUGCGAAAAAUAUGCGAUGCAGAAUUCCCGUUCGCGUUCACCUCGCAUAGAAUGUUCGAUCAUUUUUGUCACAAUUAUUGAAAGCUCGUAGAAAAUUUGCGAGGGAUCGUGCGAUCCCACCAGUCAAUGUACAACAGUAUUAACGAAAGCUACGACGUAUGACAGACGACGACGUACCCUAACAAUUUUGAUAAUGCUUCCUCCAUAAUUUUUCUCGUAGAUUUUCAUAUCGAUGUUCUUUUUCAUUGAAAUCGAUCGUGGUGUGUAAAAUGGUACGACGUAUACCUGAAAUAAUUUGGACUUUGUGCGCUCAAAGUAAUUAGACAGUAUACGAAAAUUAACAUAUGCCUUCUACGACGACAGAUGUGUCUGUGUUCAUUUUUUUCUUCGACAAGAUCAACUAGUAGCUCUUGAAAAUUUGUAAUUGGCAUCGCAUCGUCGUCGAUCGAAUCGCUGGAUACCGUAUUUAGAGAAUACCUCGGAAUUCAAGAUUCUUUUGACAUUGAAUUUGACUGAAACGAGCGUUUGUAAAUUGUCCUCGUCUUCGUUGCACCCGUAAAUUGACAUGAUUCUCUACAGAUUUAUCGUGAAAUCGUUUCUUUGUUUCUCUUUUUUAAAUCAUUCAUGCAUCCUCAUGAACGACACGUAAUCCAAUUAAAUACCUUUAUUUUUCCUGACAAUUUAUAGAUGAUACUGCAAUUUACAUUCGAUUUCAUAAUACUGCACGGAAUAUAAAUUAAUGCAUUUUUCUACACGUCAUAUUUCGCAAUAAAGUUCACUUAUCAGGAAGGUAAAAAUAUUGUACGAUAAGAACGAAUAACGAAAAGGCUGUUUCUCGACCGAAACUAAUAUUUUUCUUUUAUUUUGUCCUUAUGCACAUAUGUAUGUGAAUUACGUGCAUAUGUAUGGCGAUCGCAGUCAUGUUCGUGCGUUGAUUCACGUUUACAUUUCGCGAUUACUUGAAUAACAUUUAAUUAAGCAUGGAGGUGAAUAGAACGACUGUUAGGCCAAGAGAUAUUUUAAGAAACUUGUAUCAUUUCAUUGUGCGCAUAACAAUAAACUAUUAACAAAGAAGUAAUCUUAUAUUAUUUUUCGCAUAUAUAUUUUGCAUUUAGCUAAUGAUAAACUAUUCCCGUAAUACUUUGUUUCGAUAUGUUUAAAGAAAUAAAGCUACAAGAAACAUGUCAUUUUUCUAAAUACGUUGUUUUAGUCACAAUUGAUAAGUGCUUUGUUAUAAAAAUAUGAAUGAAAAAAAUGUUGAUAGAAGAUUCUAGUGUAAUUUCCAAGAAGAGAACCACGGGAGUUAAGAGAACCAGCCCACCAUGCGAGGAGACCUAUGAAUGCAUUUCUAAUUUUUUGUAAACGACAUCGUGGUUCUGUGCGGUCUGGUUUCCCACAUUUAGAAAAUCGAGCAGUUACAAGAGUUCUUGGUGAAUGGUGGGCCACUCUUCAUCCAGAUCAAAAACGUUCAUACACAAAUUUAGCACAGGAGUACAAAGAUGCAUUCUUGAAUGCAAAUCCUGAUUUCAAAUGGUACAAAUUACCAGCACCUCCUCUUCGUACUUUGAAUACUAGGCCUACAAAUAAAAAAACAGAAACGAGUUCUAAUGAGCAAUCUAUAGAAAUCAAGUCCGAGAAUGAGUCUUCCGAUUAUUCAAAAGCUGACAAACGAGAUGGACAAUCAAUUCAACCAGGUAAACUAGCAGACGAAUCCCAAAUUGGUGGCCUCAGUUCGCUGUUCACACCUCAGAAAAUGCAAAUAACUGAUGAGCAAGCAACUGUCAAUGGUUCUGUGAUUGAUGAUAAUGAUGUUCUGAAAUCCCCUAAAAAGAAAUAUAUAGAAGCAUCUUUUUCAUCCGAACUUAAGAGAGAAUGCAAAGCUGAUCUUUUCGAUGUAAAGAAAAAAAGAAAAUCUGAAUCAAACAAUAAUGAGCAACAAUAUGAUAUAGAAGAUGUGAAAAUAGAAAUAAAUGAUUUUAUAACUACAAAUAUGCCUUCAGAAGAAACUAAUUUUAGAAGUGAACGGACGUGCAAAGGUUUACGCUAUCAAAAGUUCCUUGCAGAGCAAAUGAAAAAUAUUGGUACAUCAGGACAACAACCUAAACGAAAACGUCAUACUGGAAAUCGUAGCACUGAUGGACAUUCAAACGAACGAAGAAAUUCAAUUUCAUCAAAUGUUAGUGAAAAAACCGAUUCGUUGAGUAGUGAAGGUGGAAAUAGUUCUCGUGGAGAAUUGGAACAUCUUGUAGAAAGCGCUGAAGGAAAUAUUGAAGCUUCUAAACCGGAGGAAACAGAAACAGAAGGUGCAGAAGGAGAAUUAGAUUUUGGACCAUGGAGUACACGUAAAAGAUUUCGAGCUGAGGAUUUUAAUUUAGAAAAGAAAAUUGAAGCGUUACCAUCCUUAAGUUUAGAAGAAUUUCAGGAAAAGAAGAAACAGCAACGUACGAAAAAGAAAAAAAUAGUACAGAAAUUAACGUCAACUUCAAAUAACAAGAAAAAUCAAAAUAAUUGUAACGCUAAUGGUCAAGCAAACAUUUCGAAUAAUCAAACAGAUCGUGAAAGCACAGAAGAAGCUGAUAAAGCACUCCUUGUUGGAAGUCAAAAAAGGAAAGCACGAAAACAGAGCAUUACACGUAAUGCAGCCGCUACAAGCGAUUCCACGCAAAAUGAAGCAGAAGAAUCUAAUAAGCCGUGGUGUGCGUCACCGGACUUGGAAGCACUGGCAUGUCUCGCAACAGUUGCCGCCUACAGAACAAAACUUACCAAAAUUAAUACAUAAGAUAUAUUUUUCGAUGUUUAACAGUUGUUCGCGAUACGAACUUGCACUGUGCAAAGCCAAAACUAUAUUCGUUUAUUUCUUUAAUAUAAUUUUCUAUUAGGAGAAUUACAGAAGUAAUUGCUUUUGAUUGCUGUUAAUACAUAAUAACGUUUCAAAGCGAUCGAAACUGUACCACAUUAUUACUGUUAAUAUUCAUAUCGUUAACCGCUGUUUAUAUAAAUAUUAAUAUCGUGACCGCUGCAAGUUUAUUUCGCAACACAACAUAUAAAGAUGUUUCUUUUAUGUUACAUAAAUAUUCCGCGAAUAAGGUCACUGAGAGACAGUUUACCUUUUUUUGUAUAGUUUGUUAACAAAUAAUGUUGUUACUAUUACAUCUUGAAAGAAGAUUCUAGUUUUCACUUUGCGUUGCGUGUAAUUAUUAAAAUAUUGCGUCACACGUUUCUAUACUUGUUAAUAAACACCUGCAGUGCAGAUGAAUGAUAGCCAUUAUAUAUAAUUUAAAGAAAAAAAAAUGCCCAUGUGUAUUGAUGUUCAUUGGAAAAUUUGUAAAGCUUCUAACGUAAAACAGACAAAUAUUUUCUUGACAUAGGACCUGACUAGGAAAAAUUAUCGAUGAACGAAGCGAGAAAA